AUUCACGAGUGACAACCUCUCUCUCUCUCUCUCUCUCUCUCCAACCUGCAAUCAAAAUUCGACUCUUCUGCUUCAUCAUUGUCCCUUAGGGUUCCCUUAAAAAAAAUUUUCUGCAGAAAUUAAAAAAAAAGGGCAAACACGAGAUUCCAGUUAGGGUUUCAUGUUCUUCUAUGUAGCUUUAAUGUCAUGAAUGGAGAUUACUACCUCUGCUCUCACUCUCGCUUUCUCUUCUCAGCCUUUUUUAUUAGCCUCCUCUCUUACUAUCCUCUCUCUCAUGCUCACCCUCCUCAUCAUCCGAUCAAAGUCACCCAAAUCCCUUCUCUCUUCUUCUCAUGCCACGUCACCCAACCGUACUAAAACCUGUAAUUGUUGCUCUUCCUGUAACGGGACCUUAGGGAAUUCUGAUUCUUCCUCUCUGGCCAGUAUUACUGGGCAUCUCAACGGUGGUGCUGCGGCGGUGGAGAUGGUGGCGGCUGUAUCUGACAGGGCGGUGGAGAGGCAGACGGGGGCGUCUAUGAUGGAGCAAUUAGUGCCUGAAAUUACCACGCACGCUCUGAGUUAUUUGGACUAUCCUAGUCUCUGUAGAUUGUCUAUGACUAAUUCAUUGAUGCGAAAGGCUGCUAACGAUGAUAAUGCCUGGAAAGCGCUUUAUCACAAGGAUUUUACAUUGGAACAAGAUACUGUGACACCUGUUAAUGGGUGGAAAUCUUACUAUGCGGCUACAAGAGCCAUUGUGAAUGCCAAUUCAGAAUUUUAUAACAUCAUCAAAGAAAGGUCUCUUCCAGCAAUGAGUCGUUUUUGGCUUAAUGCAGAUUAUGUCAAGUGCAUUCAUGCAUCUGGGGAACUUUUCUCAGGGUAUAAUGCUGUAAUGCAGAGUUGGCAACUUGCAUUUAAUUGGGAGCAAGGGCUAGAGUUUGAAGUUCGAGAUGUUCGUGCUCGAGUGCUAACAGACAUGGCCUGGGUUACCAUGAAAACCUAUGUUCACAUAGACACUGGGCCAUUUACUGUAACUAAUGUCUUUGAGUUCCAUAAUGGUCGAUGGUACAUGGUGCACCAUCACAGUUCAGUGAUGCUCAUUGAUGGAGAUGUGGACCAACAGAUUGUUCAUGCAUAAAACAAGAGAAAGAAGAUACCAAUUAUAACAGUAUUGCUAGUUGCAAAAUAGUGGUAUUGAUCAGGAGGAAGCUUCUUGAAUUUUCUCUAUGAAUUCUUCAGUGGAAAUCCUUUUCAGUUUUUCCAGCCUCAGUUUUGGUUGUUUCUUGGGUAAAGAGGCGUCUUUCUCGCGCUCCUUUUUUCCCCCUUCUUUUUUUGUCAAUUCCUUCCGUAUCUUUUUUUGUAAUUUUUAGUUUGUAUUUUUUUUUUUUGGGGUAAAAUUCAUUUAUAUUCCCAGAUAUAUAUGCAAAUAGAAAAAUGGCAAAUGUGAAGUCCAGAAAUUAAAUGGGAUGUCAAAGUUUUUUAUGUUGAA